CUUCAACGCUAUAAAUUUAUGUUUUGCAAAUCAAUCAGACUUUUUUCUCAUUCGUCUUCCUCAGGAAGCUUCAGUUUCGAAACCUUCAGAAAAAUGGAAAACAAGGAAACCGCCGGCGAUGCCGAUCGUCCAUGGCAGUCUUACCACACUGUCUACACCAAUGCAAAAGCCGGUAUGGAAGGAGUUGACAAGGAGAGAGUACAAAGAAUUGUAUAUGAAAUGAGCAAAGGGUCAAAAUAUUUUGAAAACGAGGAGCGGAAAGAGGCCACCAUCAGAGAAAAGAUUGAGAAUAUGCGAGCUAGGUGUGCACAGCUUACAGCAACGGAUCUUUCUCAGUAUCAAAAGGUUGCAGAUAAAAGAAUUUUGGAGCUGGAAAUUACACGUGAUCUAUCAAGGAUAUGGUUGCAUGUAGAUAUGGAUGCUUUCUAUGCUGCAGUCGAAACUUUAAGCAAUCCUUUGUUAAAGGGCAAGCCGAUGGCUGUUGGUAGCAUGUCUAUGCUUUCCACUGCUAACUACGAGGCUCGAAAGUAUGGUGUUCGUGCUGCUAUGCCUGGUUUUAUUGCACGUAGAUUAUGCCCAGAGUUAAUUCUUGUUCCCACAAAUUUUGAAAAGUAUAAUUAUUACAGUGAUUUAACUAGAAAAGUAUUUCAUAGGUAUGAUCCCAACUUCUUGGCUGCUAGUCUGGAUGAAGCAUACCUUGAUAUAACUGAAGUCUGCAAAGAAAGAGGCCUUACAAGUGAAGAAAUUGCUAAGGAUCUUAGAACCAGUAUAUAUGAAGAGACUGGUCUUACGUGUAGUGCUGGAGUUGCUGCCAACCGACUACUUGCCAAGGUUUGUUCUGAUAUUAACAAGCCAAAUGGACAGUUCAUUUUACCAAAUGACCGAAGAGCUAUUGUUACAUUUAUAUCAUCGCUACCCAUAAGAAAGGCUAAGCUAUUAUCUCAGAUUGGUGGGAUUGGAAAGGUCACUGAACAUAUCUUAAAGGAUGCUUUGGGGAUUAAUACAUGUGAGGAGAUGCUACAAAAGGGUGGCCACCUCUGUGCGUUGUUUUCUCAAUCCUCAGCAGAUUUUUUCUUAUCGGUUGGGCUUGGCCUUGGGAGCACUGAUACUCCACAGGUUAGAUUUCGAAAGAGCAUCAGCAAUGAAAGAACUUUUGCAGCCACCACUGAUGAAAGAUUAAUAUUCCAAAAACUUGCUGACCUUGCGGAGAUGCUGUCAAUGGACAUGGAAAAAGAAGGUCUAACUGGGCGGACACUGACUCUUAAACUAAAAACUGCAUCCUUUGAGGUUAGAACCAGAGCUGUAACUUUGCAAAAAUACAUUUGCUCCAGCAGUGACAUCUUGCAACAUGCAUCAAGGCUACUAAAGGCUGAACUGCCCGUUUCUCUAAGACUAAUAGGGCUGCGGAUAUCUCAGUUCAAUGAAGAUGGAGCCACUGCUGUGUUUGGUCCAACCCAAAUUUCUAUUACUAGAUUUAUUACAUCAGGAGAUGCUACAAGAAAGAGUACGGGUGAUUGUUGCUCCUUGAAUACUGAUUCUAACAAUCAUGGUUUCAUGGAUGACACUGAAAUUGAUACCUGCAUCAAUGGUUAUGAUACUGAUCCUGAAACACACCAUCAAGUCAGUAAUCAAAGACUUGACAACAAUUUCUCAAAUAUGGAUGACAGCAACUGUAUGUCCAGCAAUGUCGCUGAGAAGUCGGAGAAACUUGAGAACCUUUUGAGAAACGUCAGCGCUGAUCAGGCAAACAUUUCUACUGCCAUAGGAAGCACCUCAGAUUCCUCAGAUGCCUUAAUCCCUCGAGUCUCAAGCACAGCAUGUGCUUCAUCAAGAAACCUUGAAGGCAAUCCAAAUAAUAAUGUGGAUGAUGAAAGUCAGGUCGAGGUAAGAUCACCAGAUAAUAAUGGGCAGAUUUGGUGGAUAGACAACUACAAAUGUACAAUCUGUGGUGCUGAAGUACCAGCGAGUUUCGUUGAUGAAAGACAGGAGCAUAUAGAUUUCCACAUUGCGGAAAAACUUCAGGAAGAGGAAUCUGGCAUUCGUUCAAGAACCCUUACGCCAAGGCAAAGAACUGCUGACAAGAACCUACUGUCUAGUCCAAGGAAGCACAAAAGGCAAAAGUCAACUCCAAAGAAAGAGGUCAAACAUAUUCCAAUUGACUUAUUCUUUGUGAAGACUAAUCAGAAGUUUUAAUACUAUAACAUUUUAUCAUUGUGUAUAUUUGUUCAUACCUGUUGGACAUUAUCCAUUAUUUUUUUAGGUUAGUUCAUCACUCCGUUUGUUUCAUGCAGCAUCAUAAAUUUGUAGAUUAUUGUACAGUAAGUAUUACUCUCCGGAUUGUUGAUAAGAAGCUUGCUGAGUGCCUUAAAGCAAUGACAUUUUUUUUAGUUAUGGAUAACAGAUAACGAUUUCGUA